AUGGCGAUCCAAGCUCAGACAUAUGAAAAUCACACUUCGCCUCCAGUGGCCAAGACUCGUGAUGGCACGACGGUCAAGACCUUGAUAGAUAUCCUGGCUGCUGCGUCUCAAACAGACACCGGAGUAAAUUUCUACACAUCGCCCGGCGAAUCGAUCCGCUUCAGCUACAGACAGCUGCUCGCAGACGCAGCAGACAAAGCACGCUUGCUGCACAAGACCCCUGGGUUAACGGACCGGAGAGUCGUCCUCAUACACUUCGACAACCAUGUCGACAAUAUCACCUGGUUCUGGGCGGCCGUCCAGGCAGGCCUGUUGCCGGCCAUGUCCACUCCGCUGUCCGCGAAUGCCCAGCAGCGUCAGCAGCACUUGCGCCAUCUCACGACUCUGCUCGACAAUCCUUUGAUUGUGACUUCGGAGCGUCUCACCAAGCGCUUUCCCGAACUCAAGCUGCCGUCCACGCUUGAAAUAGAGUCUCUGCAGCACAGUGCCAACGGCACCAGCGACGGUGUAACAAACGGAACCCUUCCUCAGCGCGCACCGUCUCAGGGCGAUGAGCCCGCCGUGCUGAUGCUCACCUCCGGCAGCACCGGCAAUGCCAAAGCCGUGCCGCUGACCGUCCCUCAAAUGGUCGCUUCCGUCCGCGGCAAAGGCAAGGCCUGCAACACGACCGCCAAGUCGGUCUUUCUCAAUUGGAUCGGACUGGACCAUGUGGCCAACUUGCUCGAGAUUCAUCUCCAUGCCAUGUUUCACGGAGCCGAACAGGUGCAGGUGCAGGCCAACGAUGUGAUCUCCGAUCCACUGCUCUUCUUGAAUCUCAUCCACAAGCACCGCGUCUCCCACUCGUUCGCUCCCAACUUCUUUCUGGCGCUCCUGAGCAAGAGACUGGCGGCGGCGGACCCGUCAGAUCCGGUCUUUUCAAUUGACCUGUCCUGUCUUCAGGGCAUUGUAACUGGCGGCGAGGCAAACGUGGUGGAAACCGCAAAGACAGUCACGGAACAAUUGAACCGUCUCGGUGCCCAGGGCCAGGUGUUCCGCAUUGGAUACGGUUUAACGGAGGUAUGCGCUGCCCUCACAUAUGGCAUGUUCGAUCCCGAGUAUGAGGACAGAGAAAAACACGAAUUCGCCUCGAUUGGCAGGCCUAUCGACGAGGUCAGAGUCCGCGUCCAGACAUUCGAAGGGAUGCCUGCAGAGCCAUACCAAGUCGGCGACCUGCACCUGUCCGGUGACGUCGUAUUCAAAGGUUAUUAUCGCGACUUUGACGCAACCGCCAAGUCGUUCACCAAGGACGGCUGGUUCAUCACCGGAGACAGGGGAUACGUCGACUCUUCGGGAAAGCUCAACCUCGUCGGACGGAACAAAGAAAUUCUCAUCAUCAACGGGGUCAACUAUUCGCCACAGGAUAUCGAGAAUGCUUUGGAGUCGGCCAAUCUUCCCGGAGUGGUGUCGUCGUACUUUGCAACCUUCUCCCACAGGCCCAAAGGUAGCGACACAGAGGGAUACUGUAUCGUCUACAGCCCGCAGAACACCUUUGAGGAUCCCCAGGUCCGCGACCGGAUUGCCGAGUCGAUCGCAAGAACCGCAAGUGCUGUGCCUGGAGUUCGUCCAGACUGGGUGAUCCCCCUGCCCGUAGCCCGUCUGGAGAAAUCGUCUCUCGGUAAACUGUCUCGAACCAAGCUGAAGAGGGAGUUUGACACUGGCGCCUUCAACGACGUGAUGAUUCGAAGCAAGGCACCAAUUCAAACGUACCAUCACACGGCGCGUGUGCCCCCAGUCACUCAGACAGAGAAAGAGAUCGUCGAUGCCCUGAGCGAAAUGCUCGAAAUGCCUGCCGAUAUCAUCUCGGUGGAUCGGACUAUUUUUGAACUGGGGGUGACAUCGAUCAGCCUCUUCCGCUUUGAGCAACUGCUGCGCAAACGGUUCGAUAUCGCCGCGGGUGUGUCCAUCAUCACAUUCCUCAACAGUCCAGUGAUUCGAAACAUCGCGAAUGCAAUCGAUAACGCCAAUUCCAACCAGUACAACCCCGUCGCGCAGCUGCAGGCGCGUGGUGACAAGACCCCACUCUGGCUGGUCCAUCCAGCCUCGGGCAAUGUCCUGGCUUUCCUUCCGCUAUCGCGCACCAUGGUGGAUCGUCCCCUGUACGCGCUGACGGCGCGAGGGCUCAGCAGCAAUGAGCCGUUGUUUUCCAGCAUCGCCGAGAUGGCAGAUACGUACUUCCAGCAUGUGAAGCGCGUUCAGCCCCAUGGGCCGUACGCAUUGACCGGCUAUUCGCUGGGUACGACGGUGGCAUACGAGCUGGCCAAGCGGCUUGAAGCCAACGGCGACGAAGUGGCAUUCUGCGGCGCGCUGGAUUCUCCGCCACACAUUAUCCCCCUGGUCGGGCAUCUGGACUGGACGGCCGCUGCGGUUCGGGUGACCUACUUCCUCGAAUUGAUUGCCCAAGAUGACAUUCCCAAGUAUGAGGAGCAACUGCGGGGGCUGCCGCAGAUCGACGUCGUGAAACGGCUUCUGGAGUUGUCCCGACCUGAGCAACUCGCGAAGCUCAAGCUGACCCCGGAGCAGCUCAUGGCGAUUGUCCAUGUGACAGACAAUUUUGGAAAAAUGGGCAAGAAAUACGAGCCCAAGGGCAAGAUCAAGAAGAUGGAUGUCUUCUAUUGCACGCCACUGCAUUCGGUGUGCCUGAGCAAGGAGAAGUGGGUGAGCGACCAGCUGGCGAAGUGGCAGGACUUCUCGCGCGAGCCGAUCGAGUUCAUCGAGUGCGAGGGCGACCACGCGGACAUGCUCAACUCUACUGACUCCGUCGAGCUGCUGUAUCUCCGCCGGCCAACCUCCAAUGGCUCCGUGUGCCUGACAACUCUCACCUCGUACCCUCGGGCCCCUCCAGUGCAGGUAGCUCAUGCUCCUCUCGGCCGCCGGUCCUCUUCCAAGACCGCUGCCCCGCUGCAAGUCCAACUUUGUUGGUCCAAUCCCCCUCGCUGCGUUAUUGGCGUGUCGAAGCCUGUCGACUGCCCAUCGAGGGGCAUCGUCCCGGACCGUUCGCGUGCUCGCUUCUCCUCCCAGAUCGUCCACACCAUCCCGUUGGCGACUACCGGGAUCAAGAUGGUGGGAAAGAAGAUCGAUGGCACCGCGAUUGCCAAGGAUAUCCGGGAGAGGCUGAAGGGGGAGAUACAAAAGCUACAGGAGACCAAUCCGCGGUUCAAGCCCAACUUGGUCAUCUUCCAAGUUGGUGACAGAUCCGAUUCAAGUAUACUUCCCACCUCUACGACUUCCACCGGACAAUGUACUGACGCAAUGCAGGCACAUAUCAUUGUCAAGUUCCCCGAGUCGAUCACCCAGGCGGAGAUUAUCCAAGAAAUCACCAAGGCAAACAAUGACCCUGCCGUGCACGGAAUCCUCGUCCAACUGCCUCUCCCUGAACAUAUCUCCGAACACGCAGUGACAUCUGCUGUCGCCGACGAGAAGGAUGUCGACGGGUUUGGCGCGGUCAACAUUGGCGAACUUGCCAAGCGAGGCGGUCGCCCUCUGUUCGUGCCUUGCACCCCUCAAGGUGUUAUGGAGCUCCUGCGGAUUCUCAAGCGCGCAGAUAUCCUCGUGGCUGCGAUUGGAAAGCCGGAGUUUGUCAGGGGUGAGCAGCUGAAACCGGGCGUUGUUGUCAUUGAUGUUGGUAUCAAUUAUGUUCCGGACGCUUCCAAGAAGUCUGGCCACAGGCUUGUGGGCGACGUCCACUUCGACUCUGCGGUCGAAGUCGCGUCCCAAAUCACUCCUGUCCCUGGCGGUGUUGGUCCCAUGACCGUGGCUAUGCUUCUUCAGAACGUUGUCAACGCUGCCAAGGCCUACUUUGACAGGCAGAAGAACAGGCAUAUCGUGCCGCUGCCUCUGAAGCUGACCAAGCCUGUUCCAUCUGACAUUGCUAUUUCUCGUUCACAGCGUCCAAAGCCUAUCACUGCCCUUGCGGCGGAGAUUGGUAUUGAGGCCCAUGAGCUGGAACCUUACGGCCACACCAAGGCCAAGGUGAGCCUGAGCGUUCUGGAUCGUUUGGCUCAUCGCCGCAAUGGACGGUACAUUCUAGUCACUGGGAUCACUCCCACCCCUCUGGGAGAGGGAAAGUCCACUACCACGAUAGGUCUCACCCAGGCUCUGGGGGCGCAUCUGGGCAGGAUCGCUUUCGCCAAUGUCAGGCAGCCCAGCCAAGGCCCAACCUUCGGUAUUAAGGGAGGCGCUGCAGGAGGUGGAUACAGCCAGGUCAUUCCUAUGGAUGAAUUCAACCUUCAUCUGACUGGCGAUAUUCAUGCCAUUACUGCCGCCAACAACCUCUUGGCGGCGGCUAUUGACACUCGCAUGUUCCACGAAGCUACGCAAAAGGAUGGCCCUCUCUACAAGCGGCUGGUGCCCACCAAGAAUGGAAAGCGGGAAUUCCAGCCCGUUAUGUUCCGACGGCUGAAGAAACUGGGCAUCGACAAGACCAACCCGGAUGACCUUACGGAGGAGGAAAUUCGUCGCUUUGCUCGGUUAGAUAUCGACCCCGACACGAUUACCUGGCGUCGUGUGUUGGACGUCAACGACCGACACCUUCGCGGAAUCACUAUCGGCCAGGCUCCCACCGAGAAGGGUCUGACUCGCGAGACGGCUUUCGAUAUCUCCGUGGCGAGUGAGUGCAUGGCCAUUCUGGCUCUGAGCAACGACCUCGCCGACAUGCGGGAACGACUGGGACGGAUGGUGAUUGCGACGUCGAAGAAUGGCGACCCCGUCACCUGCGAUGACAUUGGUGUUGGUGGGGCUCUGACGGCUCUCAUGAAGGACGCUAUCAAGCCCAACCUGAUGCAGACUCUGGAGGGGACUCCGGUCUUUGUCCACGCUGGUCCGUUCGCGAACAUCAGUAUCGGCGCCAACUCGGUGGUGGCCGACAAGCUUGCGUUGAAGCUUGCUGGUACCGAACCCGACGAGGACCACGACGCCAAGACGGGAUUUGUGGUGACGGAAGCUGGCUUCGAUUUCACCAUGGGUGGCGAGCGCUUCUUCAACAUCAAGUGCCGAUCUUCCGGCCUUGUUCCCGACACGGUGGUCGUGGUCGCGACGGUCCGGGCGUUGAAGGUGCACGGUGGCGGGCCCGAAAUCUCGCCUGGUGCACCGCUGCCUGACGUCUACCGGACGGAAAACUUGGAGAUUCUGCGCAAGGGCUGCGUGAAUCUGCGCAAGCACAUUGAGAAUGCCAAGCAAUACGGCAUCCCCGUCGUGGUCGCGAUCAACAAGUUCGACACGGACACCGAUGCCGAGAUUGCACUGAUCCGCGAAGAGGCCAUCGCGGCGGGCGCGGAGGACGCCGUCCCGGCUAACCACUGGGCGGAAGGCGGAGCUGGAGCGGUUGACUUGGCGAAGAGCGUGAUUGCGGCGAGCUCCAAGCCCAAAGACUUCAAGCUGCUGUACGAUCUCGACGGGACGGUGCAGGAACGCAUUGACCGGAUCGCCAAGGCCAUGUACGGGGCGGACAAGGUGGAGUUCAGCGAGCUGGCGCAGAAGAAGGUGGACACGUACACGAAGCAAGGCUUCGGAAACCUGCCCAUCUGCAUUGCCAAGACGCAGUACUCGCUCAGCCACGAUCCAGCCCUCAAGGGAGCUCCUACGGGCUUCACGGUGCCCAUCCGCGACGUGAGGUUGGCCGUGGGAGCAGGAUAUCUCUACGCCCUUGCUGCUGACAUUCAGACCAUUCCCGGUCUGCCCACAGCACCGGGAUACCUCAACGUGGACGUGGACCCCGAGACGGGAGAGAUCGAUGGACUGUUUUAG